UAGGAUGCUAGAUUGGUCCUAACUGGUGUUUUCCUCAUCUGGCUUUGAACUUGAGCCAGUCCAUCAGCAGAGGACCUGGCUGGUGGGAGACAGAGGCUGCCAGGAGAUUAAGGAAGAAGCUGACCAACUUGGAAAUUUGCCAGCCAUGGCCCCUUUCCUUAUCUGUCUGCCGCGCCCCCCCCUCCCAGGGAGUCUAACUCCUAAUCUAUGAGGCUCUUGACAUUUAAGGCAGGAAACAAGAACAAAGGGAUGGAGUGGCUUAGGAGUGAUAACGUCAAUUAGUUGAGUGGACAAACACCCUUUUAUAGCCACACUCUGGGCUCCUUCACUUUUCUGGUCUCAGUAAAAGUUUCUGUCUGCAGUUCUCCCAACUACCUCACUAAAGUUAGUUGGUCUCUCCCAAAUCAAAUAUAUCACCCUGUUUAUUUCCUUAACAGUAUUUAUCAGUGUCUAUCCAGUGUAGUUCCUUGUGGUCCAGUAAAUGAGCUCCGUGGUUAAUCUGAAGCUAUUCUGUAGCCUAGUACAACAAAAGUAUUCAGUAUGUGUUGUAUGAAUGAAUGGCUGCCUUCAGCCAGUAGGCUUCCAGAAAGCCUAGACUGUAUGGCACAUAGACCAACCAUACUGCCAUAAGGGCCAUAUCCCUAAUCCUAAAGCAGUACAAAUAUAUUAGUUCAGGUUGACGAAUUUUCAGGGUAUGUGUGUGAGGUGACCCAGGAGUUCACUUGAUAUUGAAGAUUCCAACUGACAUGAAUAUUGCUAGCCUCGUCUUCCAUCCUGACUUGUUUUGAGGAAGUGAGAAGAGGUAAAGAACGUCCCUCUUGGUAUCUUUGGUCUGUUUCACGCCAGAUGUUUCCUUGUGCUAAGAGAGCACCUGCCUCAGCAAGGCAGUAAGUAUAUAUAGUCACAGUUUCAGAAGGGAGAUUUGAAUCCAGUUAGUAUUGCUCUUUUGUUUGCAACAGGUUGGUAGUCAUGAUUGUUCUUGCCAGGACCCUGCUGUCCUAAGACCAGCCUCAGCCGCCACCAGUGUCUAGCAAAGACUUGAGACAUCCCCAAGGGGGCGACGGAGCACUGCGGUGUGUCAGGCCUGAGAUCAUUGCCUCGCCAGCCCUGGGGCAUCCCCUGAAGGAAGUUAGAAACUUCUGUCCCUUUGAGACCCAGACCCACUGCGCAUCCUGCACCAGGUGAGGUGACUUCUCCGUCCUGGCUUGCCCGCCGUCACUUGGGUGCACCGAGGUGGGUGAGUCGACGCCCGCUAAGCCAAGACACCGACGGGACGUUUCCCACUUCUCUCCCGGGCUUUGGAGGCUGGUAGACCUCACGGCACCAACCAGAUCCACCUGCGAGCGCCAGGAGCCGCUCCGAGAGGAGCCUGCAUCCCGGCGUCCGCAGGGACUCGGAGGACCGGGCCGCUCGGGCCGGCGCCUGCGUCUCUAUGGUGCGGCCGAGGGGCGGAGCGCCGCCGGCUCGCCCGCCGACUGCGAAGCGAGCAGGGGUACUAAGGAUGAAGACAAGAAUAGCCAGUUGGCCCCUGAUGGCUUUUACUAUAUGCUGACCCAGUUUAUGAUGGCCUCCAAAGUUGAAAAGACUCAUGCUUUACAACAGUGUUUUAGCACAGAGUCUCUCGUUUCCAGCCUCGGUCUGGGGAUCUUUUGCCUAGUAGCUGAUAGACUUCUCCGGUUUUCCGUAAUUCAACAAAAUGAUUGGCUUCGUGCCCUCUCAGAUAACAUAGUACAUGGAGUGAUUGGCAUGUGGUCAUGGGCAGUGGUCAUUGGAAUCAAGAAGAAGGCUGACUUUGGAGAAAUUCUUUUAGCUGGAUUUUUAGCCUCUGUUAUUGAUAUUGACCAUUUUUUUCUCGCUCGAUCCCUAUCUUUAAAGGCUGCCUUGACUCUCCCGAGAAGACCUUUCCUCCACUGCUCCACGGUGAUCCCUGUCGCAGUUGUGAGUGUGAAGCUCGCCAUGCACCUCUUCAGGCUCAGAGACUCCUGGUGCUUCCUCCCGUGGAUGCUAUUUAUUUCCUGGACUUCGCAUCAUAUCCGAGAUGGAAUUCGUCACGGCCUGUGGAUAUGCCCAUUUGGAAAAACUUCUCCUUUGCCCUUCUGGCUUUAUGUAAUAACCACGUUAUCCUUACCUCAUAUGUGCUCAUUCCUUAUGUAUCUAACAGGGACCAGACAAAUGAUGUCUUCAAAACAUGGGAUGCGUAUUGAUGUCUGAGAUGACCGCGGCUGUAAGGAAAGGAAUAGCUCAGAGGACGGUCAUGAAAGACAGCCAACGUUCAAGUGAAAUUUUGUUUUUGUGUUUGAGACAGGGUUUAUCCGUGCAGCCCUGGCUGUCCUGGAACUCACUCUGUAGAUCAGGCUGGCCUCAGACUCAGAAGAGUGCUGGGAUUAAAGGCACGCACCACCACUGCCCGGCCUCAAGUGAGAUCUUUAAAACACAGUUAGGUACUUUAUUUAGUUUUUAUCAUUCUCAGGCCCUCUCGCUGGGGAGGCGUGCUCAGUCAUUUCAUUUCCCUCUUACACGUCCAUCUAGUGCAGGAUCGGGUUUGCCUGUAUUUCAUGCUACGUUAUAUUGCUGCUGCUUUAUCGGACUUUCCUGGCUUUGUCAAGUUAAUCUCUAUUGUCUGGAAGUCUGUCCAUUUCCUGAUUAAAACGCUCAAAAUCUGGGAUGGCUAAUUUAUAGAAAUGAAGCCUGAUCCUAAUUAGUCUUAUCGGUAAAAACCAGGAGUCAGAUAUCGGGGUAAUAACCUGCAAGAUCAGAGAAGCAGAGG